UCACAGACACUGACACAGGCAACAUUAUGAUGAUGUCAGUCUUUCUACUGCUGCUGAUGCUGGGAGUCUUUGUACAGGAAUUAAUGGCAGAUAUAGUUGUGACUCAGUCUCCAUCAGCUCAGGCUGUUCAGCAGGGAGACACUGUUUCUAUCAGCUGUAGAACCAGUGAGAGUGUAUUCAGUGACCUGCAGUGGUACCUGCAGAAACCUGGUCAACCUCCAAAACUUCUGAUUUAUGAUGACACAACUCGCCAGUCUGGGAUUCCUGAUCGUUUCAGUGGGAGUGGAUCUGGGACUCAGUUUACACUGAAAAUCACUGGAGUCCAGGCUGAAGACGCAGGAGAUUAUUACUGUCUGCAGGCUGAAAGCAGGCUGUUCACACAAACACAUCUCAACCCACAGUCAGCCCUACGACCCUGGCUUUCCAAAGACAAAGACACUGACACAGGAAGCAUUAUGAUGAUGUCAGUCUUUCCAAUGCUGGUGAUGUUGGGACUCUUUGUACAGGAAUCAAUGGCAGAUAUAGUUGUGACUCAGUCUCCAUCAGCUCAGGCUGUUCAGCAGGGAGGCACUGUCUCCAUCAGCUGUACAGUCAGUCAGAGUGUUUUCUACACCUCAACAUAUGGCCACAGGCUCCACUGGUACCUGCAGAAACCUGGUCAGGCUCCUAAACUUCUGGUCUAUCUUUCAACCACUCGUCAGUCUGGGAUUCCUGAUCGUUUCAGUGGGAGUGGAUCUGGGACUCAGUUUACACUGAAAAUCACUGCAGUCCAGGCUGAAGAUGCAGGAGAUUAUUACUGUCAGAGUGCACACAGUGGUGGUGUGUUCACACAGUGA